AUGGCAAACAAACUCCCUCUGGGCGCAUUGGGAUUGGGCAGUGCCACUAUCAUCACCGCAUACAUCAGUAAACAAUAUCUCGAUCGUUCUUGUCCAAGGAUACCUAUUAGCAAAGUAUCGCAAUUGAGUGCAUGCCGACAACUCGUGGAUACCGCAUGUGACAGCUCAGAUGAUGAUGUGCCAAAGCCAUGGGGAGGAGAAAAAUCAGGCCCGUUACCCUCUUGGUCGGAAGCCAGCUCGGGGGACAGGAAAAGCCGUUGGCUAUCAUCCUAUGUUGCAGUUCAAGUGGACGUGCCAGUGGCAUUACUCGAAUCCUACACAAGCGAGGCUAGGGAGAGUGUAUCAGCCAAAAGCGACAAGGAGCCGCGUAGCGCGGAUGGUAUGGCGCGAAAUUUGAUUGCUGCCUUUCUUGAUGCACGGUCGACCGGGCCUGAUGGCUGGCUCAUAGACAGGAACGUGCCACCGAGGACUUAUAUGCCUGGAAGUCAUUUGUUUGGAGAGGCACCUGGUCUUUCUGCCUUUAUGUUUGACAGCUGGAGCUCCACACUGACAAGCGGAAUCCAGCCUACGGUUUUGCCUGCGAGCGCACCUGUCCCAAGCUCUUUUUUCCCCUCGAAUGAAGCACUUCUUGCAUCCCGGGACUUGUCUCUGCCCGAGUCAGCUGGAACAGUCAUCUAUUGGAAGUUUCCCGUCGGUGCAGUCAAUGCGUUUAACAAGGCGGCCUCUUACGGCUGGCCAUGGCGAGUGAUGGAAGGCGGUUGGCAAGAGUUCAUCGUUGAGAAGAUCUCAGAGGAAACGGCGAGAGUGACGUAUGUCGCGUUGGAGUGCUCUGAUUUACAUCCUGGUGAUCAAACACCAAGAGAUUUCAAAAGAAUGCCGUGGCUCGCUUAUGAGGCUCACGUCUUAUACGCUCAGAGUCUUCUUCUCCACACCGUUCGGCAACUAAGGAAGGCAGAAUAA